CGUUCAGGAUGAGUCAGGAUAUCUCAGCUUGUGCUGCACAGAUUUUCUUCUCUUCAUCUUCAUCUUCAUCUCGCCAGGCUUCUUGGAGGAGUGAAGACAAAUCUCUGGAGUGUCCCUUUAAUGUCUCCCACUCAGGCUGUCCCCGGUGUCACGUCCUCCGUGUCCACCUCCCCCGCCCCUCCCCCGUCCCUCCCCCGGCGCUGGGCGGUGUGCGGACAUGUGCGCCCCUCCUCUCCUUAAUGUGUGGAUAAUAGCGGGUGUAAAGUGGAUUUGAACUUGCAGCCAGCGCUGAGAGGUGGGACAGUCGGACCAGCAGCUGAAGAGGCUCCUUCAGACCCGCCGUUUCGUUUCGGACCUCCGGGAGUUUCUGUUGGAAAAGUGACAAAAAAGCCGAGUGGAUUUUUCCUUUUUCGGGAUUUACAAGAUCGUGUUGAGAUGCUUCCACACAUCCUCACACACCUGCUCUGCCUGGUGUGUGUGUGUUCUGCCCGUCCUCAGCCUCAGCCAGCAUCAUCACACUCGAUGAAGAUGGAGAAGAACUCUCCUGCCUCCGGUUCUCUGGCAGGCAGGGUGGUGCUGCCCUGCCACUUCUCCAUCAUACGAGUUUCUCCCAGCAGCUCCACACACACCACAGCAACUCCUGCACCUGGACCCGUCCUCCCCCACGGUGAGACUCCUCAUACCACCCCGAGUCCCGAGGAGGCGCUGAGGAUCAAAUGGACCAAGCUGGAAGGAGAGGGGGAGAAGGUGGUGCUGGUGGCCCAGCGAGGGGUGGUCAAGGUGGGGCAGGAGUACAAGAGCAGAGUGUCGGUGCCCAGCCACCCGCUGUCGGUCGGGGACGCUUCACUGAUGAUGGUGCAGCUCAGGGCGAGCGACGCGGGGCUUUACCGCUGUGAGGUCAUGCACGGGAUGGAGGACUCGCAGGUCACCGUCAGCCUCAGUGUCACCGGUGUGGUCUUCCACUACAGAGCUAACAGCAGCCGCUACACUCUGGAUUAUCCCGGAGCUGUGGAGGCGUGUCAUUCCGCAGGAGCCGCCAUCGCUACGCCCGAACAGCUCACGGCUGCUUUUGAGGAUGGCCUCAACCAGUGUGACGCGGGCUGGCUCGCCGACCAGUCAGUCAGAUAUCCAAUCACAGAGCCCCGUCAAGGCUGUACAGGUGAUCUGUUGGGCAGACCCGGAGUGAGAACAUACGGCAUCCGCAACUCCACGGAGAAAUACGACGUGUACUGCUACGUAGAUAAAUUAAAUGGCGAGGUCUUCUAUCCUCCUCUCAGCGAUAAACUCACCUUUCAGCAGGCGAGGGAGGAGUGCGAGAAGCACGGCGCCGUGUUGGCAUCACCUGGUCAUCUGUUUGCAGCCUGGAGGGCAGGCCUGAACGGCUGUGACUACAGCUGGCUGUCCGACGGCAGCGUCCGCUACCCCGUCACCGUCCCCAGGCCUCAGUGUGGAGGAGGCCUGCUGGGGGUUCGCACUCUCUACAAGUAUGAAAACCAAACCGGCUACCCAGACCCCACUGACACAUACGGAGUUUUCUGCUUCAAGGCUAAACUACCGGAGCCAACUUCCACGAGUCCACCGAUAACCCCAGCUGAGUAUAAACCUGACAGCCCCACAUACUCUCCCCGCACUUCAACACCCAGACCACUCUUAGACCCUGAAAGUGCUGAAAUUAAAGCCAGAACACCAGAUCCUGUCAAAUAUUCACCCACAGAGAGACCACACACAGCCUCACCAGACCAACAUGGAGCCCCCCACCAAGAAACACACCAAACCACAGCCUCUGUGACCCCCACUCCAAUCUCAGACGACUACGAUGUUCAAGAUUUUAAUGACUCACACAAGGUAGAAUCCAUACCAGUCAGAGGAGACUUUUUGCCCCCCAUGGAGCUCCCUCCUUUACCCACCAUCCGCCCACAGCCUGCACACCUUGACAUCUCCCAUGGGGGAGAAGAGGGAGGUCAGGCAGGGUCAGGCCAAGGUGACCACAGCGGCAGUGGGGAGGGAGGCAGCAGCGAUGACGGCUCUGAGGCAGGAACAGUGGUGACCCCAGCACAGGUGUGGGUGGAGGCCACAUCGAGACCAAGCUGGCUUCUAGAGACCACCACAGGGUCAGAGCAGGAAGUGAAAAUGACUUCAAGACCAUCAGACCUUCCAGAAAUUGUCGAAGCCCAUGUAACCCCUGGGCCGGGGCUUGGAGUGCAAACCACGUUGAGACCAUCACAGCUCCAAGAGAUCACUCCAGAGGUGGUCACUUCAGACAUCCACACCCCAGAACCAGACUUCCCAGCCAGAACCGGAGAAGAGGUGCAACAGCCUGCAGUUGUUUUUAAAGAGGAUGCCACAACUGGAGCAACGCUGACGUUUGAUCUCGACCAAUCACCAGCUGUUUCUGUAGAUGGGGACUCAUCAGCCAAACCACCUUUCCAUCUCAUCAUCGUCAAUGUGCACGACCAAAAUCAAUCAGUCGACCGUAUCCUGGACAUCUUGAACCAGCCGUUGAACGGCAUCGCUGGCUCCCAUUCCCACUUCCCCCAGAUCACCGACCUCUCACAGGGGACCGGUGAAGCGGGGCAGGGCAGCGGCGACGUCGAUGCUCUCCAACCUUCUCCUGUUGACCUGCCUCCGACUGUGAGCUUUGUCAAUGGAAAACACCAGGUGACAUUUGAGCCAGAGCUUCCAGAGGAAGCCAGAGGAGAUCAGUUUGAGACGGCCACUCCCAUUCAGGUCGGUGAGGUGGAAGAAGAGGAGGGGGAGGAGGACAGCGUGACUCCCUUUGACUACGGAGCCAUUGAAAUCCACACUGAGGAGACACCUUCAGAGGAGACCAGUGAUGCAGUCACUCACCCUUCAAAUACAUACACAGAUGUGGUUGUGGAGGCCGACACUGUCCCUGAUGUCUUAACUGACGCAGAUGAAGUCAGAACUCAAGAACCAGGUGAUCAGACAGCAACAAGAACCACCACCAUGACCCCAUAUACUCCCCCUGUCUCAUCAAAAGCACCCACCACGCCUUCAGGCCCAGCCCUCCCCAGUGUCUCCCAGCCCGUCACUGCUGGGGUCUCCGCCUUCGAGGACAUGGAAGGCUCUGCGAGCCGUAGCGCUGACGACGAGGUUGUUGCUAUGCAGGAGGGCUCUGCAGACGAUGCUCUGCCUACGCCAGCUGCAGACAGCCUGUCUGGAGUGAUGACCGAUGAGACUGAAAUCGGAGGGACGGAGCUUCCUACCGUUAUCCCAGACACACAGACACAGGAAACCACCGCACAGACCCGGACGGAGGACUUGGAAGGGUCUGCCUCUGGAGAAGACGAGGCUUCGGGACAAGACGUUUACCCACCGGAGACACCCGGGUUCACCAGUACGCCACCACCAGUUUAUUCUACUCUUCACACCCAGCAGCCUCAACCUGCAGCAGAUAGCGAAGUCACAGAAUUGCCUGUCGUUUUACCAGCUGCUGUCACAGAGUCAGACUCAGGUGCAGAGCAGCUGUCCGGAGAGGGGGAGCUCUCUGGGGAACAGGGUGGUCUGGUUGAUCUUCCUCGAGAGGUCACUGUUACGCUUUUACCAGAUGUGGCAGCUGUGACUUUUGGAGACCAAACCACACUGACCCCAGACACUGAAGCCCUAACCUCAGAACCCAGCACACCAAUAUACUCCACACUCCCUUCCCUUUAUGCCACAGGUGAUAAGAAACAUCCCGCUGUUACCACGGAGACGGCACUCACAACCCCUGAAGACCACACCACACAGCCCCCUGAGCCCUACAGACUGCAGACUGAGCAGUCCACCACAGCCUCCAUACAGGAGAGACAUCAGCCGAUACUUUCCACCACUUCGCCCUUGUACACUUUCGACCACAGCCCCCACUCCGUCCCCCAAUGGGCUCUCUCCCCUGACCCUGCUGCCGCCACGUUAUCAGAGGACCACUUCGACAAAGAGAUGAUCCCUUCUCUGGUGGAGUCACAGCCUCAGAGACCAGGAGAGGUCCUGGCCACAGAGCAACCAGAGGGCGGCACUGACUCAGCUUAUCCUGUGGAGGCCAGCACUGUGAACAUCAGAGAUCUCCUGCCGUGCUCAACCAGUUUGUGUCAAAAUGGAGGCUCCUGCUACAACAAAGGGGCACAAAAUGUCUGCCUGUGCGCACCUGGAUACACUGGACAGCACUGUGAAACAGAUGUGGAUGAGUGCCAGUCUAACCCGUGUCUGAACGGGGCCACCUGUCUGGAUGGAGUCAACUCCUUCACCUGCCUCUGCCUGCCCAGCUACAACGGAGAGCUCUGCGAACAAGACACUGAGGUUUGUGGGUUUGGUUGGCAGAAGUUUCAGUCUCACUGCUACAAGUACUUCACACACCGUCGCACCUGGGACGCCGCAGAGAGGGAGUGUCGGCUGCACGGCGCCCACCUGGCCAGCAUCCUGUCACAUGAGGAGCAACUGUUUGUCAACCGUCUGGGCAGUGACUACCAGUGGCUCGGCCUCAACGACAAGAUGUUUGAGAGAGACUUCAGGUGGACGGAUGGGAAGCCGAUGCAAUAUGACCACUGGAGGCCGAACCAGCCGGACAGCUUCUUCCAGUCCGGAGAGGACUGUGUGGUGAUGAUCUGGCACGAGGGAGGACAGUGGAACGACGUGCCCUGCAACUAUCACCUGACUUUCACCUGCAAAAAGGGAACAGUCUCGUGUGGGCAGCCCCCCGUGGUGAAGGAUGCUCGCGUGUUUGGGGCCAUGAAGCCUCGCUACGAGAUCAACUCCCUGCUCCGCUAUCACUGUAAGCAGGGCUUCAUCCAGAGACACACCCCCACCAUACGCUGCCGGGCCAACGGCCAAUGGGACGUCCCCAAAGUCACCUGCACAAGCCCCGCGACCUACCAUAAGUCAUUUACUCUCCGGCGCCGCAACAAUCAGAGCAUCGAUCAACAAAUCAGGCUCCAUAACCACCACAUCAAUCACGCCAAGAGUCAUCAGAAGCCCAAUCAAAACCAAGAGCAACAACAAAGCUACGACUUCCUUCAGGGCCUCUGGAAGCCUCGAGGCGAGCAGCUGCAGAGGGAGUGGAGGCAUCAGCAGGUCCAAACACACCACGAGGAUCAGAUCAGACACUGAUUAGAUGUUUAGUAAAUCAGCUUGGCGCUGGCAGUCAAACACAGCAGGCUGCCUGUCGGUCCGGAGACAUCGAUAGACAGAGAGACACGCCGAUCUGUCUACCGAUGGCUCACAGCAAGGGAUGAGGGACACGUUUCAGCAGCACAAAAACACUCCAGCAUCUGAACCGCAGCACUAGAGAGAGUUUACUUUCAUUUGUAUCGUUAGCUCACUGAUCAUACAGAGUCUCAAGGCUCUAAACAGGGAGUCUUAAUGGCUUCACUGUGUGGGACCACACGACUGGUCUGUGAGUCCUCAAUGUGUUCAUGACCUCAUCGAGGAUCUGCCAACCCUGUGCAGUCUCUUUUUAAAGGUACCCUGUGGAGUUCACAUUCGCUUUUUCUCACGCUCGCUUUCUCAGAGCUCAACGUUUUGAGACGUUAGGUUGUUCACAUCCCUGUUUUGCUGAGGUACCAUUAGGACGAGGUGGGGGUCCCGCGACUGACGGGGUAACCGGUGAGUUAAACCACUAGCACGGUUGCUGUUAGACUGUGGGCUUAAUUAUGCUUUAAUGAGUUUGUCAGUCGGGAUUGGUGACUGAAAUUGACAGUUGUUGUCUUUUGACUUCGGUGUCAUGGAGCUGAGCCGUCUAUAUUAUCUCCAACACAUUUUUCAAGGACGAUGGAGUGAUUUUUGGUCCUCGCUCAUCACCUCCUUACAGCAUCCGGCUGCUCCGGUCGUAGCAAGAACAGCAGUAUCAUAUCACCUGUUAGAUCUUCAGUGAAAACAUGAAUCUGUGGUGCUUCUUACUCGUGGUCAUACCCUCCACAGGGUACUUUUAGUUUCAGGAAAGUAAAGCACAUACAAACUGAGCAGUGUAGCAUCAGUCUCACCACCAAAUACAUUCCUCACUGGAAUACUUUCUGUGUGUCUGUUUGUUGUAAUACUCGUUUCAGCCACAAGAGGCUGCAGUGCACCACCACCCCAUGUUCUCAGCUGAGCUCUAAUCUCUCCAUGUGCAUUUCUCCAUAUGGAUCUUGUGCUGGAAUAUUACACAAACAAACAUUUAGAAAAACUCACCAGCCAAACUUUUUUCAUCUGCUUUCACGUAAACAAACAAAAUAGCUCACCAGAUGUUUUGGGUUUUUUUCCCUCACUGGCCUCUCGGGACUUCCGUAUUAAAAGCAUGAAUUCAUCAAUUUAAAUUAUAAUCACAGAACAUUUGUCCAGUUUCAAUCUGUGCUGUUUGUUAUGACUCAUUUUUACUGGCUGAUUUGUAGAUUUUUGUACAAAAUGUUUGAAAAGGGAAGCGGGGAGAUUAAAAGAGCAGCACACACAGAGCCGAAGAGGAGAUUAUUAUGAAUGUGUGGUGUGUGUGUCUGCUGUGGCUAUUAACCAUAGGGUAUAUAAUAUAGAUAGUAUAUGAAGCCAUAUAAAUUUAACUUAUUGUAUACUUUAAAACUAUGAAUGGACUGUGAUAUUAAAUAAAGGUCAUUGGAACUGAAGUGAUUCUGCUGAUGAUGACUUCCUUGCUGUUUACAGAAUCUGGCAUGAAAACAUCUUAUCACACGGUGCGCGCUGCCGUCGUACGUGUUCGCCGCAUUUGUCGAGCAACGUUGGCUUGUCCGGCAGUCGAUACUUUUUAUUGUGCUGUGACUCGAAAUCAACCCAACAGAUUGGUCACCAAAACACUCCUGAUCGUUUCCGACACCGAGUUGGGUUAUCCAAGUGUUCUCAGCUGGAUUUACUAUCGACGUGGCUUUUUCCUGCAGAUCUGGAAUCUGUGUUUUUAAUCCAACGAAAAAGGGAAUGUGAAACAUGCUCCACAAGAUUUUUUAUGUGAUUCUUAUGCAUUUGACCAUCUUAAUGUUCUUCCUGCAUUUUCCUUUUUAUAUAUUGUUUGUCAAUGGAUAUGCAUUUUUAAAACUGUUUUUUUCCACCCCAUGUGGGUUCACUGUAUCUGUGGCACAAGAGCUUAUGUGUAUGUAAUCAUUGUUUCUUUCUUCAUUUGAGUUACUGUAAAAUGUCCAUCAUCCUGGUUUUGAUGUCAGCUGUGUGUGCAAUAACAGGAACUGUUAUAACACAACCUGAGUUGUUUGUGUGGUCUUACUUUAUAACACUGAAAUGAUAAGUCUGGGUGAUGUGUCUGACUUCCU